AUGAGAUGUGAUUGUCGAGAUUGGUACGGUCGAUGCAAAUUGAAGGGUGAAAUGUGGAUUGACGAUGAAAUUUGGAAUUAUAUGUGCCAGCGUGGCUACGGUGAGGACGCAAAUUUUAUUGGAUGUUUAACACAUGAAAAAACGACUGAGAAACGAUUGAUAUUAAUGAAUACGAAUGUAACAAUUGAUGGAUUUUGGUUCAGUUGCGAAUCGGAUGAAAAAAGAAUUAAAUAUGAAGAAGAACCUCGUUGCAUGAUCAAUGAAACGAAAUUUCAUGUUGGGGAUGAAUUUCGAGAUGGAUUUUUCAAUUGGAUCUGUUUGGAUACGGGUCGCUGGGUUACAGGUUGUUAUUAUCAGAAUGAAUCGAAACACUGGAUAAAAUUAAAAAUUGGUGAGAUAGCUUAUAAUGGAUUAGUUAUGCAUGUGUGUGAUCGCUACGACGAUUAUCCUGGCCGAAUUCAAUAUUAUGCUGAGGUAAGAAAAGAUAUUGCUCAAAAAAAUCCUACGAAUAAAGGGAUUAACGCCAAUUUGCCUGAGCCAAUUGAUAACCGACUUAAAAAACCACCAAUUCGAUGGCUUCAUGAAAAUGCUGCGGAUUUCAUCUUCAAUGACAAUCCAUUUCGCUUAAAGAUACGAUAUCUUCCAUCUUCGAGAAGAAGUUGGACUACGGUGCUCCCAUCCCAACAUCGUACUUAA